AUGAUGGGUGUAGUGGGCUGGAUGCUCCUCCUACUCUCCCAGAUCAUGGUGCCGGCGGCAUCACAGAAGCCCCCAGGACUCGCUGUGGGUGUGAUCUUGGGACAGACACGCCCUGUUGCGGACCAGGACCUCAGGCCGCCUCGGCGCCCAGACGAUGCCCUUGAUGUCUCCGUGGUGACACUGAGGAUAAACCAGACAGACCCCAAGUCUGUGAUAACACAGGUGUGUGAGUUGCUGUCACGCACACGUCUGCAUGGCAUCGUGUUUGCCGAUGGAACCGACCAAGAGGCCAUCGCCCAGAUACUUGACUUCCUCUCCGUGCAAACACAGCUGCCAGUGCUGGGAGUCCAUGGAGGGUCUUCUAUGAUCAUGGCUGACAAAGAUGAGAAGUCGACGUUCUUCCAGUUUGGUGCUGCUCUGCAGCAGGAGGCUCUGCUCAUGCUGAGCAUUAUGGAGGAGUAUGACUGGCAUGUGUUUUCCAUUGUCACUUCUAAGUUCCCUGGCUACCAGGACUUCAUCAGCACACUGAAGAUCACAGUGGACCACAGCUUUGUGCGCUGGGACCUGCAGAGUGUGGUGACUUUAGAUGCUGUAGACGGUGACCAGAACUCCAAAUCACACAUCGCCCUCAAGAGGAUCCAGAGUCCUGUCAUACUGCUGUACUGCUCCAAGGAUGAGGCUGUGUAUAUACUGGAGGAAGCUCGCUCCUUAGGCCUGACAGGAGCUGGUUACAUCUGGAUUGUAUCCAGUCUGACCACUGGCAACCCAGAUUUUACCCCUGAGAUGUUUCCUCUAGGAAUGAUCUCAGUGUCCUAUGAUGAGUGGGAGUACCCACUGGAGAUGCGGGUGCGAGACGGAGUGGGUAUCGUUGCCUCUGCAGCCACCUCCAUGCUGCGAGAAAAAGGUGAAGUGCCAGAGGCCCAGAGCAGCUGCUACAGUCAGGCAUCAGACAGGAGCCCUGGGAAAGUCCCACCCAGUGCCCUGCGCAGACACAUGAUGCAUGUGUGGAAUGAGGGGCGGGACCUGUCCUUCACUCCGGAUGGAUACCAGGCCAACCCCAAAUUGGUUGUUAUCGUCCUCAAUAGCGAAAGAGAGUGGGAGAAGAUGGGACGUUGGGAGAAUGGCACUCUCUCGUUGAUGUUUCCUGUGUGGCCGAGGUACAACUCAUAUGGAGACGAGGAUGCUGAUGAGAACCAUCUCUCCAUCGUCACCCUGGAGGAGAAGCCCUUUGUCAUCGUGGACAAUGUAGACAUACUAACUGGCACCUGCAUGAGAAACUCUGUACCGUGCCGUAAGCACGUCAAAGACAAUAGCACAGCAGGCGGUUCUUACAUUAAGCAGUGCUGUAAGGGCUUCUGUAUUGACAUCCUGAAGAAGAUAGCCAGAAACGUCAAGUUCACCUACGACCUUUACCUGGUCACUAAUGGAAAGCAUGGCAAGAAGAUCAACAAUGUAUGGAAUGGCAUGGUUGGAGAGGUAGUGUAUAAGAAAGCAGUGAUGGCAGUGGGUUCAUUGACAAUCAAUGAAGAGAGGUCAGAGGUCAUAGAUUUCUCCGUGCCCUUUGUAGAGACAGGCAUCAGCGUCAUGGUCUCACGUAGCAAUGGGACGGUCUCGCCGUCAGCUUUCCUUGAACCGUUCAGUGCAUCAGUUUGGGUAAUGAUGUUUGUGAUGCUGUUAAUUGUCACUGCCAUCGCUGUCUUCCUCUUUGAGUUCAUCAGCCCUCUGGGCUUCAACCGCAACUUGGCCCAGGGCAAAGACCCACAUGGUCCAUCGUUCACCAUUGGAAAGGCCAUCUGGCUGCUGUGGGGUCUGGUAUUCAACAACUCUGUGCCUGUACAGAACCCUAAAGGUACCACCAGUAAGUUCAUAGUGUCGGUGUGGGCCUUCUUUGCUGUCAUCUUCCUGGCCUCCUACACUGCCAACCUCGCAGCCUUCAUGAUCCAGGAAGAGUUUGUCGACCAAGUCACUGGAUUGUCUGACAAGAAGUUUCAGAGCCCAUACUCCUAUUCACCACCAUUUCGAUUCGGAACAGUUCCUAACGGCAGCACGGAGCGCAACAUCAGGAAAAACUACCCAGAUAUGCAUCAGUACAUGACCAAAUACCAUCAGAGCGGGGUGCAGGAUGCACUGAUCAGCCUCAAGACUGGAAAGCUGGAUGCUUUCAUCUACGAUGCAGCAGUGUUGAAUUACAUGGCUGGCAGAGAUGAUGGCUGUAAGCUGGUGACCAUUGGUAGUGGCUAUAUCUUUGCCACCACUGGCUAUGGCAUUGCACUCCAGAAAGGAUCCUACUGGAAACGUCAUGUUGACCUGGCCAUUCUAGGCAUCAUCGGAGACGGUGAGAUGGAGGAGCUAGAGGCACAAUGGCUGACGGGGAUCUGCCACAAUGAGAAGAAUGAGGUGAUGUCUAGCCAGCUGGACGUGGACAACAUGGCGGGGGUGUUCUACAUGCUGGCCACGGCCAUGGGCCUCUCCAUCCUCACCUUCAUCUCCGAGCACCUGUUCUAUUGGAGGCUCAGAUACUGCUUCACUGGUGUCUGCUCCGGGAGACCCGGCCUCCUCUUCACCAUCAGCAGGGGUAUCUGGAGCUGUAUCCAUGGCGUGCAUAUAGAGAUGAAGAAGAAGACCCCUGAGCUGGAUUUCAGUCCUCAGGCCAAUAUGUUGCACUUGCUCAAAUCUGCCAAGUCCAUCACUAUGUCCUCUCCCAAGCGCAACACUGUGCUGUUGCAGCCUAACAUCGUAGAAAUUAUGUCAGGAAAAGGUAACUCGCUUCAUAGCCUGCCUCCAAAGGGUCCUGGUCUCUAUAGUAACGCUACUGGUCUACAGGGCUUCCUGUCAUUGUCAGGGCGACACAAAGACCUCCUCAACAACGCUGCACCAUUUCCUGGGCAACAAAAAGGCCUUUCCCACCAGACCAGUCCCAACAAGCCCCAGCUGUCUGUCACCAACGAUAAUGGCAAGACUCGCCUUGCUGGGCCACCAUGUACUGCCUCAAAGCCUCGUGCCCUGUGGAAAAAAAGUGUGGAAACUCUGAAGACACAGCCAACUGACCCUUCCCCAGGUCCUGGCUCCAGUCCUUCCCCAGCACCAGGGCCUGGACCUGCACCAAUGAAAAGCCAGCGUUACCUUCCUGAAGAGCCACCACACUCUGACAUCUCUGAGUGCUCCAGUCGGCCCCCCUCACACAAAGAGUCUGACUCCAUGACAGCCAGAGGGGGAUUCAAGCCUGCAAAUCAGCUGAGGAAGAGGGGGGGAGGAGGAGGAGGAGCAGGUGGGGGUGGCACAUCAAAGAUUUACUCCAUUGACUCAGACCAGGCCAGUCUUCACUCUGCCCCAAUGUACCAGCGAGACAGCCAGGGGGGAGGUGAUGACCACAGUUAUCCUCCUGACCUGUUCCCCACUGACAACUCACACUCACAUCAGACAGAAGGUCCCAUCCUGCAGCUGAGCGCCAGCCUGCUUCACCACAGCCACAGCGCUGAGGCGGACCUGCACUCUCUGAAGGAUAAGAAAUACAGCACCUAUAAGCACAGCAGUGUAAAGGACAAACCUGGAAGUUCAUUCGACACUCCCAGCGGAGCAACUGGAGCACCAGGGGUCAGGCCAAGCCACUGUCGCUCCUGCCUGGCCAAGCUAAGCGGGUACUCUGGCCUCUACACUGUCCGCACCCCCCAGGCACGCUGCGAUGCCUGCACACACCUGGGCAACCUGUAUGACAUCAGCGAAGACCAGCUCCACGCACACUUUCCUCACUCACAUGCUCACAUGCACCCACACAGUGGGGACAUAUUCACGCAUUACCUACCGCAGAGCGAGCUGGGGAUGGUGGGUGAAGGCGACGGCCUGGUCAGCCCCUUUGAGCCCUCCCCUUCCACCUCUGCUCCUCUCCCCACCUCUUCCUCUGCCCAGCACCUCCAGCUGAGCCGCCAGCACUCUUAUGAGAAUGUGCUUCCAGACGGCGUUCCUGAGCGCCAGCCACAGUCCCACACCCGCUUGCGGGGCCUGAGCGUGUCAGAUAGGGACCGGGAGAGGGAGCUGACCCUGGAUGAGGGGGCCUACGCCAAUGUACUAACCAUGCGCUCUGACCGGCCCUUCAGCAGCCGCAGCCCACCUUCCCCCUCCCCCUCCCACCACCACAGUCUGGACGCCCCUCUGCCCCUCCCUCGACGCUCAAAGAGCCUUUUCCCCGACCGCCCCUCGCACAACCCUUUUCUUCAGUCAGCUCCUGGCACGACGCAGCGAGACCCUGCCUCACAGGCUGUCACACGCAUGCCACAAAGAAGCUCUGCCCACGAGCUCUACAAGCAGCUAAUUCCACUGUCGCUCACCCUUGUCAACCAUGGCAACCACCAUGUCAACCAGCAUGGCGGCCAUGUUGACCAACAGGUGUUCUACCCCCAGCAGGAGCCCACUGUGGUGGCCUAUGCGGUCCCACCUGCUGCCUCUCAGCCGAUGAGCUAUGUGACAGCACCGCGAGCCUCAAGCGCCGGGAGCAAUCGGCCCCGCCUCUACCGCCGCAUGCCCAGCAUCGAGUCUGACGUCUGA